AUGCACGGAAGGAAUCCAUUUUUCCUUGAGCCUGCCAUCAUCAUUGCAAUCAGCGAUGGCAACAAGUUGACGGGCAGCGGCGGCGUGCAGGACGAGCUCCAUCUGCCUCUGACCACCCCGCUGCCGGGCAGCGAGCUGACCAAGGAGCCCUUUCGCUGGGACCAACGUCUGUUUGCUCUGGUGCUGCGUAUCCCUGGCAACGCUUCAGUUGAGCCCGAACCCCUCGGUGGCGUCCCGCCCGACGAUUCUCCCAUCACACCCAUGUGCGAGGUCACUGGAGGACGUUCCUACAGCGUUUUCUCGCAGCGCAUGCUGAACCAGUGUCUGGAGUCUCUGGUGCAGAAGAUCCAAAGUGGAGUCGUGAUCAACUUUGAGAAGACCGGGCCCGACCCCCCUCCUCUAGAGGACGCUCCGGCCGAGGCACUGAAGUCUGGUCCCCAGCCUUGGCAUUCUUGUCACAAGCUGAUCUAUGUGCGACCAAACCCUAAAACCGGUGUCCCCAUCGGUCACUGGCCCAUCCCUGAAGCCUUCUGGCCCGAUCAGAACUCUCCAACACUUCCCCCCCGCUCAGCCCACCCCCACAUACGUUUCUCCUGUGUGGACGCUGAGCCCAUGGUGAUCGACAAGGUGCCCUUUGACAAGUAUGAGCUGGAGCCGUCGCCGCUCACGCAGUACAUCCUGGAGAGGAAGUCCCCUCACACCUGCUGGCAGGUGUUUGUAAGUAACAGUGCCAAGUACAGCGACCUGGGUCAACCUUUUGGAUACCUAAAGGCCAGCACGGCUCUGAACUGUGUCAACCUGUUCGUAAUGCCCUACAACUACCCCGUUCUUCUACCACUGCUGGACGACUUGAUCAAAGUGCACAAGUUCAAGCCGACCCUGAAAUGGCGCCAGUCCUUUGAGAACUACCUGAAGACCAUGCCUCCUUAUUACAUCGGGUCCCUGAGGAAAGCGCUGAGAAUAAUGGGAGCACCGAACCUGCUGGCGGACAACAUGGAGUAUGGACUGAGCUACAGCGUGGUCUCCUACCUGAAGAAACUCAGUCAGCAGACGAAGAUCGAGUACGACCGCCUGAUUGCCUCGAUCGGUAAGAAGCCCCCUCCAGAGCCCGGCAUGAAGGUCCGCUGGCGGGGUGGCGGCAUCUCUUUAGCCCAGCGCAGGGACUUCAUCCAGCAGCUGCAGAGCCUCACAGGAGAGGCGCCCUCCGUACCCGUGGAGCUCAACCCCAAAGAGUUUCAAGGCUUUCACUUGGCUCUGCUCAACAAAGGCUUGAAGCCUCAGAGUUUUAGAAAUCCCUACGACAUCCCCCGCAGCCACCUGCUCGAUCAGCUCAGCCGAAUGAGGAGGAACCUGCUCAACACCAGCGUCUGUGCUCUGCGAGGGCACGACUCUGACCAGCUCCACAGCGUGCCGAUCGCCCAGAUGGGAAACUACCAAGACUUCCUGAAAGCUGCUCCCCAGCCCCUUCGAGACGCCGACCCUGAACAGCCCAAACGCCUGCACACGUUUGGAAACCCCUUCAAACUAGACAAGAAGGGCAUGAUGAUUGACGAGGCGGACGAAUUUGUGACCGGACCUCAGAACAAGGGCAAGAGACCUGCAGAUAACUGCAACAUGCCAGGUGGGGGUCCCAAGAAACGCCGCUGCAUGUCACCUCUGCUGCGUCUGGGCAGGGCCUACACCCCCCCAGUAACCCCGCUGAACAGCCCCCGGCACCCGUCGGAUCUCGAUUUAAAUGAUGGCACGCCAGAACCGGACCUGAUGAUUAACCACCUGAACCAGAACCACUACAGUUCAGACAACAGCUCCGACUCGGAGGUGGAUCACCCCUCGGGGCCCAUAGACCUCCAGGAGAACCACGCCGCAGUGGAACCUGAAGCCCUCCUUCACCAGGAUGAGGAGGAGAACGGGCAGGCAGGCGAGCUGCUGCCGGGCAGCGACGGCGUGGCAGACGGGAUGCUGAUGGAGGAGCAGCCGCCCCGCUUCCUGUCCCCCUCUGCUCUGAAGAAGCACAUUCACAUCGAGACGACGAAGGUCAACAACGAGCUGCGGACGCUCAUCACCAAGGAGAUCAGGAAACCUGGCAGGCGUACGUACUCCCGACGCGUUCGACCACAGCUCUGA